AUUAUAAUAUAAUUCAAGAAUUCUAUGAAAAUGAAUGCCGCACUUGUUUUUGUCUUUGGAGUGUUCGUUCUACAGAACACCUACGCUCAAUGCAUUCGCUCUGCGCCCAUGGUUGCGGCCGCUCCGAUUAUCCAAUCAAACAACGUUGGCGCUACUCUUGCUGACACAUUGUCCUUACUGACUGUAAGCAGCCUUUUAGCUGAGAAGCUGCCCUUCGACUACCCCUGCGGCUGCACCCCUUAUGCACCGCCCUGCGCCCCUUUCAUCCCACCUUACGCCCCUUACGAGUUUGUAGCACCGUGCGCCCCGACGGUUGCGCCGAUCGCGCCGAUUUUGAACAACUGCGGUUGCGGUUGUGGGGGUUACCCUUACAACGCUUACGUGUUGUAGAAUGAUUGUUUUUGGUACAGAAACGCAAAUAAUUAGCACCUUUUGAAAUCAUAUAGAUCGCGCGGUUUUACAUGGCCUUCCUGAAACAUGCAACAUCUACGAUGGUUCAAAUUCUGUUAACAACUCUAUUAAUAACUCUAUUAAUAAUACCCGUUUCUCUACACUAAAUUAAAGUUGACAGGUCUCAAAGUUUCUUCUCAAUCUUCCUUUGCACUAUGUUGUUUGUGAAAAAAUGUCCGAAAAGGAUAUAACUACUUCUUCGGUGCCCGUAACUUCACAGCCACACACGGUUUGCUUCUGUGUGGCCAACUAUUAACGCACGUGUACCUAUAUUUGUUUGAAUAUUUAUGUAUUUAAAAUAUUUGUAUUAGUUUGUC